GGGAUCGGGAUCGGGAUCGGGAUCGGGAACGGGAUCGGGAUCGGGAUCGGGAUCGGGAACGGGAACGGCAUAGGCACCGGGAUCGGCACCGGCACGGGCACCGGGAACGGCACCGGGAUCGGGGCCCCGCAGGCGGCCCUUGGCAGGAUAUCGGUGCUCUCCGCUGAGGCAGGAAAAUUACUGGGAAAAGUGUAAAGAACAGGAUCUGGGAGGCGGCGUUUGGCGGGCUGUGCGUGGUGUCAGAGGAAAUUGAAGGGAUGGGGUCCCAGGUGGAGCCUGGCUGUUGAAUUGUGCACACGCCUGGGAACCCCGAUCCUGCUGCAGGCACCGGCAGCAUCACACGGCUGGAAGGGACGGAGCAGCAGGAAGGGCUUUCCCUGGCUCCCCUCUCUGCAGGGAAACUGGGAGGAGGUGUCUGUGUGUGUAGGGAGAGCCUAAAUCCACGAAGAGGAGUGUCCAGAGGUGCUGGGGUGUGCGAUGUCCCCUUCACUGCCACACCUCGCUGCUGUGACCCCCGGUGCUGUUCCUGCUGGGCUUGCAGUGGGAAUCUGCUGGAAGCCUCUCCUGGCUCUUUUCUGGUUUUUGCUCAUCCUGGGUGCAAUUUGGAGCUGUCCAAUAAUGGCAGCUUCACUCUGUUCCCAAGCCUGCCUUCCCGAUGGGCUGGCUUGAGGUGUGGGUGGCUUUGUGGUGCAGCACGUGUCCGUCCCCUGCCCGGUGCCCUGGCACUGCUGGGGGCAGUGUCGAUGGCCCCACGGGCUCUGGGCACUGCCAGGACUCCUGGUGGGCAUUAAUUCCUGCAGCAGUGCUGCCAGCAGGGCUCACCUGCCUCUGGAUGGACGUGGCUUGGAUGCCAAGAGAGAAACGUGAGCUGGUUUCGAGUUCAGUUCCUGAAUGCAAUAAUCCAUAGCAAGGCUUGGGGGCUGCCCACCCUGGGGCUCAGAGCCCCUCCUGGGCUGUCUGAGGUCUCUGGCUGCUUUGCUGGGUCCCAUGAGGAUGUUCAGGCUCUCUUCCCUUGCCAGCAGCCCUGUCCCAGUGUGGAGCAGGGAGUGCUGAAAGCUCAGAGCUGGGCUGGCAGUGGAGCCAAGAGGCUGGAAUUAGGAAGGCAGAGGAUGGAAUGCACCAUGGCUGACCCACACCUGGUGAGGCAGGAGCAGCAGAGGCUGCAGAGGCGGCUGGCAGCGGUGGUGGCGCGGCAGCAGCUGGCCCUGCGCCGGAACCGGGCGCUGCGCCGCGAGUUCCUGCAGCUGGAGGCUCACAUGGAAACCACGGGCUGGCACAGCAUCCGCAAGAUGGAAUGGUACGGAAGGGAAAUUCAAAGCCUGUUAUCCCUCCGAGAGGGCAGCUCGUCAGCAGGAGGUGACGAGGAGGAAGGGUCCAGCGAGCAGGUGCUGCAGGCUGGAGGACAGGCAGGAAUUGGUGCAAGUACAGCCAUGCCAGGAGAACUGGGCCGUCCAGCAGCAGAACUGGGCUGUCCAGCAGGAGAACUGGGCCAUCCAACAGCAGAACUGGGCCGUCCAGGAGCAGAACUGGGCUGUCCAGGAGCAGAACUGGGCCAUCCAGGAGCAGAACUGGGCCGUCCAGCAGCAGCUGCCUCAGUCACAGGAGGUUUGGGCUCGCAGCAGGAGCCCCCUCUGCGCUCCCCGUCCCCAGAGUUGCUCAGUCCUGACAGUGGGAGCACUGCUGGAGAGAGUGAGGAGGAGCAUGGGGACCUGGCUGCCAGUGAAGAAAGCUCUGAGCAGCUCACCUCAGCUUCCUCAGGUAUCAGAGCAGCCCCCCUGAGGCCGGGCCAGCGGCAGGUUCAGGUUCCAGGGGUAAAGCCUAGCCUGAGCAGCUGGUGGGCUCACAGGGAGGGGAGCAGAGCUGAGCUCCCACUCCCGGCCGCUGCUGAGCAGGAGGCCAGGCCGAGCGUCCCCGGCACACGGCAGGAGCAGGGCAGAGAUGCCCGGGCUCCAGAGGGCUCCCUGCUGCCCCCAGCCAGCCCUCCCACGGCCCAGGAGGAGCCCUUGGACAGCUCAGCACCACACAGCCCCGAGCUCCCGCGGCUCUGCCGAGCGCUGCAGCUCCUGGAGCGGCUGGUGGAGAGGACGAGCCCCCGGCACCGGGCGCUGUACCAGGGCCAGCCCUCGGGGACAGCGGAGCCGCCCAGUGCUGGGGCUGGGGGGCCGGCUCAGGAUGACCUGGAGGCAAUGGAGGCCGUGGUGCUGCGGCAGCUCCGGGCCGUGGUUCGGCACACGCGGAGCGGGAGCGUCCCACCGGAGAGCGGCGGCGCAGGGCAGGAGGAGCACACCAGGGACACGGAGGCGCUGCGGGCUCUCCUCAGCCACCAUGGCUCGUUCCUGAAGCAGCACCAGGUUCGGCUCCCGGAGGCGGUGGCAGAGAUGUUUGAGCAGCUGCUGGCACCGGGAGAGGAGGAGCAGGAUGGCCAGGUGCUGAGAGAGGCCCUUCCAGGAGAGCGUGGGGAUGGGACACCUGUCCAGAGUGACGAAUCCUCUCUUGGCCUUCCAGCGAUCCCCACCCACGGCAGGGAAGGAAAGCAGGGGGAACUGGCACGGAGAGAACCAGGUGGGGAUCGCGGCCACGCCAGGCCCGAAGGAAGCGACAGCCUGGGGCAUUGGGACAGCAGCUCCUCGUUGGAUGGAAGCGCUCCUCCCCUCUCCAGGACUGAACUGCGGAGGGAGAGAGUAACUGCCAUAAAAUCCAAAGCGUUCUGGGGCGAAUCUGACGACAGCAGCUCUGAGCUCGAGGCUGCUCUGCGCCCACAGCCCCGCAGCGCAGAUUCAGACGACUUCGAUGACUUCUAUGACUGAGAUUCUCCUGCUGGCUUCUGGGAGGGAAGGAACAAACUGUAUUUUCUUUUACACAGUGAGUGUGCCGCGGGCCGAAGCGCUGCUCGUCACUUUAUUGGCAAAGAAAAUUUAGAUACCAAAUAAACAUAAAGAGUUUAUCCAU